UAAAGCUUCUAUGUUUGUUUUUGGGGUUAAUGUCUACACACAGUCAGGUAUGUGAAGUGAAGCCUGUGCAGAAGUGCCAAAAACUGCAGUUCCUCAAACGUCCACUUGAGCUCUCAAGCUUGCUGUAGCAGUAUUAUAAAUGUGAAUAAUUGUAUUCAUUUGUUUUUUUCCUCUGGGGUACUUAUGUUGUUCAUGACCUGGGGACUGGGCCAGGUAUACGUUUAUAUGCAUACAUAAGUAGAUAUUUUUUAAGCACUAAGUUAAGGGGUGCUAUCCCCCUGUGAUUUGUUAAUUAGUAAAGAUUAGUAAGUGACGUUUCUUAUGAUUUUGUUUAGAUUGUUGCAGCUGUCCUUUCCCUUGUUUCCCUUGUAGUCUGCCUCAACUCUCUGUUGUAUCAUUAAUCCUAAUUGCUGCCAAUAAAUAAUUCAGCAGAACAGAAAAUGCAAACUUGAUACUUUAAUGCAUUUUGUUCAAUGGUAGAUUUCAGCAUGUGAGGCCAUUUCUUUUGUUACAUCAACUCUGCAGCCGAUAAACAGUUAAAAAGUCACAUAGGCUGCAGCUCACAGAUCAUAGUCACGUGGUGCAGCUUACUGAUUAACAGAAUGAAGUUGAAUUGCUGGACUUUGGCAGUGCAGAUCUCUUCACUGUGUAAGAGGAGGUGACUGCAUUAAGAUCCAAAAGGAUGCUUCACCUGAAAGAUGGCGGGCUCUGUAGACCUCGACUCGCUGCCAUCUGGACUUUGGUUUUCCAUCACUCUGUUUGUUUUCCUAACACAUCGUUGUGGAGGUCAGCCUCAGGUUGUUGGUCCACCAGAGCCAAUUGUGGCAACAGUUGGUGAUGAUAUCAUGUUGCCAUGCCAUUUGUCACCAGCUGUGGAUGCCUCUGACCAAACUGUGGAAUGGGCGAGACCGGAUCUGAAUCCCAGAUUUGUCUAUGUGUGGCGUGACGGCGUGGAACUAAAGACUAAACAACAUCCGUUCUAUGUGGGGAGAACUUCGUUGCACGUCAGUAAACUGAAACAUGGAGACAUCUCACUGAAACUUUCCAAAGUAAAACUCUCCGAUGAGGGAACAUACAGAUGCUUCCUUCCCACACUGAAUAGGGAUUCUUCUGUUCAGCUUGUUGUUGGUACAGUCUCCUCACUUAUCAUCAACUUAAUGAGGACUGAGAACAAUGAAGAGGUGGUUCUACAGUGUGACUCUGAAGGCUGGUAUCCAGAGCCUGAGGUGUUCUGGCUGGACGCUGAGGGAAACCUCCUCUCUGCUGGACCUACAGAGACAGUCAGAGGUCCUGAUGACCUCUAUACUGUCAGCAGAAGAUUGACUGUGAGAAAGAGUGACAGCUUCACCUGUAGAGUCCAACAGAAGAACAUCAAGCAGACCAGAGAGGCACAGAUCUAUAUUCCAGAUGAUUUCUUCAGCUGUCCGUGUAGUUCUGCUGCUCACAUCAUCACCAUCAUCAGCUUGGCUGUGGUUCUCAUGGUUGUUCUUGCAGUUGUCUUUGUAGUGUGGACACGGAGACAGAAACAAAACAGUAAGUCAGCCAUUAUUUU